UGGGGAGAGCGCUGCAGACACACCUGCCGGGGCGGGAGCGGCGGAGCGGGGCGCGGAGAUCGGAGCGGGAUGGCAGCCCUGGAGAAUGCCUCUCUCCAAGCCUGCAGCCUCUCGGAGCAGGAAGAGGAAGAAGAUGCCCUCUGGGAGAAGAUAGAGAGCGCACGGCACCAGCUGACCCGCUCCCUGAACCCUGCAAAACUCACCCCGUACCUGCGCCAGUGCCGUGUGAUAGAUGAGCAGGAUGAAGAGGAGGUGCUCAAUUCAUGCCGAUUCCCUUGCAAAAGCAACCAGACAGGCUACCUGAUGGACAUCCUUCGGCGCCGGGGGAAGCGAGGCUACGAAGCCUUCCUGGAGUCUUUGGAGUUUUACUACCCAGAGCACUACACACGACUAACAGGCAGGGAACCGGCCCAGCGCUGCUCCAUGAUCCUGGAUGAAGAAGGCCCCGAGGGGCUAAUGCAGUUCUUGCUGGUGGAGGUGAAGAAGAUGAGGGCUCAGAGGAAAGAGCACCUGCUGAAGGAACAUCAGCUCCAGGCAAAGAACCAGACCCUGGAGCAAGAGCAAGCCCGGCUGGAGCAGCGACUGCAGGAGCUCCUGAAGGUGCAAGAGCGUUGCCAGCGACUGCGGGAGGAGUGGGACUCCAACAGUGUGGAGCUGCUGAGGCUGAAGGAUGAGAAUUACAUGAUGGCCAUGCGCUAUGCACAGCUCUGUGAGGAAAAGAACAUGGCUGUGCUGCGGAGCCGUGACCUGCAACUGCUGGUGGACCAGCUGAAGUGCAAAGUCACCAGCCUAGAGGAGGAGUGCAGCCUGCUGAGGAAGCAAGCGACUACCAUGCCCCAACGGGAUGCAGAGGAGCGAAGCCACCCUGACACUAUGUCUGAACUGUGGGCUGAGAAUCAGCGGCUGACGGCAUCACUGCAGGAGCUGCAGGGCAUGCUGCAGACUCCAGGCGAGGUCCCAGUGCCAGGCUCUGAGCAGAUCUUGCUGGACAUCCUGGAGCACGACUGGAAGGAAGCCCAAGAUGACCGACAGGACCUCUGCCAGAAACUCAACUCCCUGCAGAGUGAGCUGCAGUGGGCUGAGGAGCUGAGGGAUAAGUACCUACAGGAGGUGGAAGACCUGCAGCUGAAAUAUCGAACGCUGCAAAAGGACUGCGAUCUCUACAAGCACCGCAUGAACACAGUACUGCUGCAGCUGGAGGAGAUUGAGAAGGAGCGGGACCAGGCUAUCCAGAGCCGAGAUGGGGUGCAGCUGCAAUACUCACAGAGCCUGAUUGAGAAGGAUCAGUACCGCAAACGUGUGCGGGCCCUGGAGGAGGAGAGGGACGAGCUCCUGAGCAAGCUGAGCCGGGUGGAAGGGCUAAACAGCACGCUGGAAGCACAGCUGCAGCGGUGCCGGGGCAACCGCAGCCUGGGCAAGAUGUGCAGCUCCUCCUACUCCCUCUGCUCCAACCUCAGCAGCACAUGGAGCCUUGUGGACAAGCCUUCUGACCUAACAAGUGGACUCACAGACCCGCUGGAUGUUUCUGCCAUCACCUUCCCGGGGGACUCCGCCAUUCAGAGCAUGGAGGGGACUCCUGACAGCGAGAAAGACAUCAACCGCCUCUCUACCUUCCCCUUCCCUCCUUGCAUUGGCUCCAUCCUUCGGCGGCAGCGCGAAGAUAGGUGCAUGCCCUACAAAAGCUUGUCCUGUGGCUCCUUUAGCAACAUGGAAGAUACAACAGGCAGUGGUUUUGUUAGCAUCCCACCUGGGGCCUUCUCCUCCUCUUCCAGCAGUACCUACACCAGAGUGAAGUCAGAGACCUGCUUGUCUAUGCUUACCAGCCACCAAGAGAUCUCCAGGAGGUCACUGGUGGUGCAGCUCACGAGCAUGGGUCACCCCAGCAGCCUGUCGCCCCAUGAGAAGAGGCUGGGAGCAGACAUCUCCAUCCUUGGAGGGAACAAGACGGGGAUUUAUGUCCAGUGGGUCAAGCCAGGCUCAGAAGUUGAGAGCACAGGACUCAGGGAAGGGUGCCGGCUCAUUGAGCUGAGGGUCCCAUCACUGAAGGAAGAGGUGCUUUCCCUGGAGAACUGUACACGUGAGGUUGCUUACCUGAGCCUGCUGCAUUGGGAUGAGCCCUCCAGCCUUGUCUUCCAGCUAGACCUGCAAGGGUACCAGCCUCUGCAGGAAGCCCUGGAAGAAGGGAAGAAGUUUUCUGGAGACUCCUUCUAUAUCCGUACCAACCUGUCCCUCCUGGAGCCAUCAGACCCUUAUGCACUAUGUGUCAAAUGUCGGGAGAUCCUCCACGUCACAGACACCAUGUACAAGGGGCGGCUGGAGUGGUACUGUUCCCGUGUUGAUCCCUUGACCAUGCGGGACUUGGACAAGGGGACAGUGCCCAACUACAGCAGGGCACACCAGCUUUUGAAGAUCCAGGAGAAGGUCCACAUAGCUGGGCAGCAGAAGGGCCACAGAAGUAACCUAAAGAAACGGGCCUUGGACCAACUGCGCUUGGUGAAAUCCAAACAGCAGAAGAACUCAGAACAGCCCUCUCAGCAGCUGUGGCUGGACCCCUGCUCAGACCCAGACAGGAGACUGAAGCCUUACAGCCUGGUGCACCCUGUGGUGGUCAAGACACCCCGUCCUGUGGUGCUGUCACCCAGCUGCAUCGCAUCACGGCUCAUCAGGAACCUGCUGGACUUGCCCACCUCUCGCCUGAACUUCCAUGUGUGCCCAGCAGAGAAGCUGACAGAAGGGAACCCCGGUGCUGCCCAUGUGCAGGAGCCCCCUGUGUCUAGAAAUGCCUCCCAGGAGCGAAGGGAGAGCAGUCAAGUCUGCAUGAUCCAGGAAGCAACGGAGAAGAAUAAACACUGCCUGCUGGAGCUGGGAGUUCAGAGUGUGAGGGAUCUAAUUAAACGUGAGAUAUACCCCAUUGUUAUCCACGUUGAGGUCACUGAGAAGAACAUCAGGGGGCUCAGGAGCUUGCUGGGGCAGCCAGGCCAACGAGAUGCAGAGGUGCUGAAGGCAUGCCGUGGUGCUGAGCGGGCUCUCCAUGCCCUGCCCUGCUCCUGGGCCCGCGUGGAGCCCCAUGCCUGGAGCCACGCAGAAGAACUGCCCAAGGUGGUACGGGGCUGCAUCUUCCAGGAGCAAAACCGCCCGCUGUGGGUUGAGGAUGGUGAUGACUGAAUCAGGAGGUACAGAGCCUUCCCCAGGAGUUGUCCUUCACGUAGCAUGUCCUCUCUCUCCAAGGGGAAGCCAGCAGUAAUGGGACCAAGUAGCAUUUAAGGUCCACUUGAAGCUAUGAAGAGUUGGGGACGUAAUGCAUGCUGACCCACGCACCUGAGCUUUCCAUAUUUGAUUGGAGAGAAGUCUUCCACCUUCUUGCUGGACAUCUCAUGGACUGUUCCCCAUCACCUUGAGCCUUUGGCUCUGGUACAUGGUGAGACCAGGAACACGAGGAAAACAUGUGAGAUGAGAUUGAUCAGGAGCAUAUCUCAUGCGUGCACAGUUUAGUGCACUAAAACCCUUCUCUCAUCACCUCUAUUUUCCCUUCUCUACCUCAUCUCCUGCCCCACGGAGCAGGAAACACAGUUUGUCUGCAGAAACCCUGCUGCAGCCCAUGACUGACACUAAGUUUGCAACCAACCCUCGUUUUAUGGGAGCUGUACUCUUUAUUGCUUGUAAAUUAUUAAUGGGCCCUUUUAUCGGCAACCCGUGUGCAAAGGAGAAUUAAAUACCAUUCAUAAUGGGAAUGGGAGGCUGGCUGCAGACUUGUGUGUUAAUGGGAAGGCUUGGAUGAUAUGUGGGCAUGUUUUUGUCCUGAGACACAUCUGCCCAGCCCUGUAGGGGUAGAAGACAGCAUUGCUGUUGUAGGGAAGCAAGAGGGACAGGGAGAGGGUAGGUUGAGUGUGCCACAGGCUGGGCUUCCUCACAUUUCUUCUUAUCCCCCAUUUUUCAGCUGUUUCCCUCUCCCCAGUGCUGAAGGUGCUCUAGUUCAGCCAAGGAGAAGCAUAGAAUCACCAAGGUUGGAAAAGUCCUCUAAGAUAAUGUAGUCCAGCUGUCCACCUACCACCAAUACUGCCCACUAAACCAUGUCCCGAAGUACCACAUCUACAUGUUUCUUGAACACCUCCAGAGAUAGUGUUUACACCAUUUCCCUGUGCAGACUGUUCCAGUGUCCAGCCACACCUACGGAGAAGAAAUUUUUCCCAAUAUCCAAAUUACAUGUUGAGAAGGUUACUUGGUGUCUGGCCGAGGUUCCUAGAGCUUCAAAUCCCUCUAUAUCCUGGUUAUCACAAAGUGAAAAGCCAACCGUCUUGUUCUUCUCAUGAACAAGGUUAAGUAUUUGAAGGAUAGAUGGUUUCCUGAGCCAUGCAAAAGGAAAAUGGGGGCUGUGGCUGUGGGAAUCUCUAUGGUGCAGGAGACCGGGCAGUGGGCUGGGGUCAACGGGAGAACCAAUGAGCCACCAGCACAUACAGACUCUAGAUCUCCAUAUCCUUCUCGCCCCUAUGAUUAGGGAACUGAUACUGCUAUGCACUUCUGAAGUUCCAAGUAAAGAUUAACUUGCUGAUCUUCAUGGGUCCCUUGUGAGGUGUUAUUUCAGGCUCUAAAACAGUUGUCUCUGUCUUUUAUGAGGACAAGAGUGAAAGGGGGGAGGAAAGAAAAAGAAUACUUUAACCUGCAGUCACUUAAAUGUAGAGCAAAGUCCCAGAUCUGCCCUGGAGCUGUGCAGCUAUGGAGGGGAUUGGUGUAAAGGGGCUCCAGCCAGGAGGUCCCCAGUGCUGUCCCCUCCAGGGGACCAGCCCAGGCAUCCCAGCACUGUCAGCCCUGGGAGGGCAGAUGCCCUGCAGGUGAACAAAGUGGGGCUCUUGUUGAGCAGAUGAGAAGACAGUCCCAAAGCACGCUGGGUUUGCAAGGGAAGGAGGUUGGAGCCUGCAGCUUUUCAGGGGAAAAAAUGAAGUUUGAGUACCGAGGGAAAAUACUGCUUGUGAGGCACUGAUUCAAAGCUUGACAACUCCUCCUGCCCUCUGGCAUUGGAGCUGUCACCAGCCUCAUGGCUGGGUUGAUUACAGAGCAAUACCCCCAGCUUUGAGGAGCUACUACUCCCCAGCAAAACAGAUUUCUCCACACAUCUCCCUGAGUCGUCUGUGUUUCACUGGGAGGGAAACUAAGGCAAAGCAAAGUUGCAUUGAGAGGCAGGUUGCUGCUCCAGCCUUCUCUAAACCCUCCUUUUGUCCAUCUUGUCUCCCUGGAGGCUUUCAGAAUCCAGUUACAACUAGCCCUGGACAUGGUUGAGAAAAGGGGCAGAGGACUCUGAGACAAACAUAAUACUCCCCUGCCCUGCGCACCCCUGCCCACCUCAGUUGUGUCCCCAGGGGUGCAGCUGUGUGCUCAGAGGAAUGAGUCACGGGUUAGGUAAUGGGCAGAAUGCAAUUAGCAGCCCUGGGCAUCAAUUACCAGCUGUGCCAGCCUUGCAUAAAACCCUUGUAAAGUAAACGAGAGCAAAUUUUCUCCCUCCAGGGAGGGCAGGGGCCAAGUGGUGUGUGUGUGUCACGGCAGGAGGCCACCAGCCCUUCCCCAUGCUGUCCCAAGCAGAGCUGAAGCAGCUUUAGGUCACUUCUAGCUUACGGCAUGUUUGGGUUUGCACUUGGUUGGGUAGAACCUGCUCUACUGCUCAACAACAUCCUUUGCACAAGGUGGUUUAGCUCACCCUAGCAGCCCCCAGUGGGCUUUUGUGGGGACCCUCCACCUGUGUCCCCCUUUCUUUCCCAGAAGAUCUCCUGAGCCAGGAAUGGUAAGUACUGCAGGAUGCUUGGGAGCCACAGAAUCAUAGAAUGGCUUGAGUUGGAAGGGAUGUUAAAUCCUACCCAGACCCAAGCAGUGCUGCCACCCAGCAGGUUAGGCUGCCCAUUCAACCAUCCAACCUGGCCUUGAGCACCUCCGGGGAUGGGAUACCCACAGCUUCUCUGAGUAACCUGUGCCAGAUGCCCCUGUACAUCUGCCUGGGCCUACAGAUGUAGCCAAAGUACUUAGAGAGGGUCAUUUCUGGUUCAGGAGCAGGGAUGAGCCAUGGGGGCAAUCCCACUAGUCUGGUGGCCGUGGAUUG